AUGGCUUUGAAAAUUUAUCAUGAUUUAAACAAUCCAUCAUGCUAUACGGGACCCUCCACUAUUACGCGAAUUACCGGUGGUAGAUAUGAAGAUGUCUAUAAGCAGUUGGCCAGUGAUGAAUCCUACAAUCUACAUAAACCCUUGAUUCGAAGAUUCAAACGCCUGAAGACAAUUCCUCGUGGCCUUUUCACCGAUCUUCAGGCUGACGUUGCCGAUUUUCGACGCCUUUCGCGCUUCAACAAAGGUUACAAAUAUUGCCUGUUAUGUGUGGAUGUGAUGUCUCGCAAAUUCUUUGCAUGCCCACUAAAACAAAAAGGUGCAAUGGAUAUCAAAGAAGCGUUCGUAAAAAUAUUUGAGGAAAUGCCCCAUCCACCCGAAGUUGUGUUCACCGACAACGGAAAGGAAUUCAAGAAUUCUACGCUCAAAUCUUAUUUCACAAAAGAGGGAACUGAAAUUUAUCACAGUGGCAAUAUCGAAACAAAGGCCAGUAUUGCUGAACGAGGAAUACGAACCGUUAAACAAAGACUGUAUAAAUACAUGACUGCACAUAAUUCAAAACGUUGGAUUGAUGCUCUUCCCCUCAUCAUCAAAGCAAUCAAUCAAUCCCUCAAUCGAACCCUUGGCAUGCGACCAAUUGACGUGACAAAUGAAAACUGGUAUGACCUUUGGAAAAGACUAUAUAGUCGACUGCCGAAAAAAGAAAUGCCCCCUCUUAUUGUGCCCGGAGAUCACGUCCGCAUCUCACUUCCUCCUCAGGCCUUCAAAAAGGGAUACACUGUCAAUUUCACGAAAGAGAUUUUCCAAGUUCAUCAAGUCCUGAAUUCGACUCCGCGCACAUUCGUGCUCAAGGAUCAAGAAGGAGAGAUUUUGGAGGGGCGUUUCUACCUUAACGAACUCUCGCUUGUUACACAAUAA